GGGAGGGGUUGGGAGUUAAAUAGAAGAGCCAAAAAAAAUAAGAACCGGUUAGGCCCGGCCCGGUUUGGCCCGGAACCGGAACCGCCCACUGGCGGUUCGGGCUCGGGCCCAACUUUCCUGGCCCGAGGCCCGGCCGGGCCCAGGCCCGAACCGGGCCGAGUCCACCACUAUCCUCACGGUGCCAAAUACCUUCUAAGAAGCGUUACUGUAACACUUCUAAGGCUCUGUUUGCAAACACAACUAGAAAAGCACUUCUCAGCUUUUGGCUUAAAAAAGCUAAAAAAGAUGUUUUCAAAUGACAACUUCUACUUAAAUGAAUUACUUAAAAGCUAAAAGCUAGAAUCUGCUUUUUACUUUUUCUAUUACACAAAAAGCACUUAUUUUACCAAACACCACCAACUUUUACUUUUCAAAAUCACUUUUUUCUCAAACACUACCAACUUUUACUAUUAAUCACUUUUUUACCAAAUCAUUUAAAAAAGUUAAAAGCACUUCUCAAUAGGGUUUGCAAACAGAGCCUAAAAAGAGUACUCCGUAAUAGAUUCAAAACGGUGAAAAAUGUUAAUAUUUGAGACAACAGAUACUAUAAUAAAAAAUACCUUUCCACGGUAUUUAAUGCAGUUGGAUCUAAGGUCGGAUCAGUGGAUUUAGCCUUUUAAUCACACAUUUCAAUUCACCAUUAAUAAAGAUAAAACUACCAAGAGAAUAGAGUGGUGUUGGCGUAUCUAAAUAUAAAAUAUGGAUAGAUUGGAGCGGUGGGUAGGGGGCAAGAACUGGUGGAUUAUUUGGCUAUCAACUGAUAUUUUUGACCAAAAUCGACCAAUGCUCGCCCCUUUGCAGUCACCAUUCCAACUUCUGACACUUAGUGUAUUAAAUUUCGUUUUUUAAAAGAAGAAAAUGAUUUCAAUGAAACUUUAAUGGGAUGUGAGUGCCGUGUAACAUAUAUGCGCACUCAUAUAAAUACUAUGGCAGUUAUUUUCGAAUCAUGAUUAUAUGUUUUUUUACAAAUACAAAUUUAUUAAGUUGUUAGAAUGCAAUUAAUAUUCUAUAAUUUCAUUUGGAGUAAAGGGUCAAUUUGGUACUCGAAGUUGCAAAAAAAUGUCAAAUAAGUACUUAUAUAGAAGUUUAUGUCCGGACGUGCCAUUUGAGGUGGCUCCCAGUGGAACUUUUUUGAUAAUUUUUCUUGAGCAUCUUAUUCAUUAAGUCUAGUUUACUCAUACCAAAUUUGUUGGGAUAUUUACUCUCAUAUGUAUAUACUUUCCACUUACGUUUUAGUCAAUAUCAUAUACUCCCUCCGUCCCUAAAAGAACUUCCAACUUUCCCUUUUCGUCCGUCCCAAAAAAAACUUCACUUUCCUUUUUUGGCAAAGACUUUGUGGUUCACAGCAUUUCUCUCUCCUCUGCACAACUCUCCACCACACAAUUCCCACUUUCUUAAUCAGUGUGCCACUUUAUUUUGGAAGAACAUUUAGGGACGGAGGUAGUAUUUAUUAUACCCGAUUUAUAUUUGUAUAGUAACGAGUGAUUAGGAUUGAUUGUAGCAUAUUUACUUUCCUUGUUUUCUAUUGUCUACAUGUAUAUUACAUCGAUGUAUGACAAAGUGGAAUGAGAGAGUGAUUCUGACCAAUUAACUUCUUCCUUAUGCGUGUCAAUUUAUUUGACAUGAAGAGUUUAGCCAUCUAGCAUCGGUUUGUUCAUGGUAUCAGAGACUGACAUACCUACGACUUUACUUCCGUCUUUUUUUCCUUCUUUUGACGAAAUAAUAUGACAGUGUCACGACCAAGUGACGAAUCAAUAAUGACGAACACAGAACCUUCUACGAUACAAACAAAUGCUAUUGGAGGUCAUAAAGGGGCAGGAUCGGGUGCGGUUGUUGACCUCUUCGCCGGUCACACUUCCAAAUGGGAGUGUCACUUUUGCUACUCAUAUUGGUCGAGUUAAGUUGGGCCCUAAGGAUCUCACCUUGAAGACGGUGAUUGGAGCGGGAGAACGUCGGGAAGGGGUCUAUUAUCUGUGUGGGAUCGGAGGUUUGCAAGCCUCUCAUGUGACUGGUAUUAACUCAGAAGACUUAUGGCACCAAAGAUUAGGGCACCCUUCCUCUCGAGUGGUUCGUUUACUUCCGGUUGGUUUAAAUAAAAUAAGUGGUAAUACUCAAAAUGAUAGCUGUGAAGUUUGUUCUAAGGCAAAAUAGACACGUGAUAAGUUUACCCCAAGUUUAAAUCGUGCUUUGCGUAUAUUUGAACUUAUUCAUUGUGAUGUGUGGGGGCCUUACCGUAAUUCCAGUACCUGUGGCGCACAUUAUUUUUUUACUAUUGUUGAUGACUUCUCUUGUGCU